CGAAGGACUUGAAUAGAUACCAUGGGGCCUGUGGGCAAGAUACUGCACAUUGCUGCAUUGCUUGUGGAGGUUGUGACGACGGCGCUGUCGCUGCUCUCGCCGCCUGACUUUGUGUGGGCAGCGCUGGGCUUUGGGGCCGACCGCCAUGUGCUUGUGGCGGAACUCCCGCACGCGCUAGAGGUUGUGGGCGUGGUGCCGCAGCUGACACUGGAGCAUGUAGACGGGCUCGUGGAGGAGAUGCGGGCUGUGUUUCUGACGGGGCUGACGCGGCCGCUGACGAAGCGGCGCGAGCAGCUGCGUGCGCUGCGGCAGCUUGUGGUGGAGAACGAGGCUGAGAUGCUGGGUGCGCUUGCGGCGGAUCUGGGGCGGCCCAAGUUUGAGGGGCUCUUCUACGACGUGCUGGGGGUUGUGCACGAGAUCGACCACCUCCUUGGGCACCUCGACGAGUAUGCGGCGGCCGAGUGCAAGGGCAUCAACCUGCUCUCGUUCCCGGCGUCGAGCUACAUUGUGAAGGAGCCGUUCGGGACGGCACUUGUGAUUGGGACGUGGAACUUUCCGUUCCAGCUCGCGCUCGUGCCGAUGGCUGGCGCGAUUGCUGCGGGCAACAACGUGGUGCUCAAGCCCUGCAAUGUGGCGCCCGCGACGGCGGCGCUGCUGGAGAGGCUGCUUGCGACGUACAUGGACCCGCGGGUGGUGUCUGUCAUCGGCCCGGCGAUGAAGGGAGACCGGACGACGACGGCGGCGCUGCUGGAACACAAGUGGGACAAAAUCUUCUUCACUGGCUCACCGACGGUGGGCAAGGUUGUGGCGCGGGCUGCGGCGGAGCACCUGACGCCAGUCACGCUUGAGCUUGGCGGGAAGAACCCAGUGUUUGUGGAUGCGUCGGCGGACAUUGCGCUGGCGGCUAAGCGGACGGUUUGGGGUCGUGGCAUGAACGCCGGACAGCAGUGCAUCUCGCCGGACUAUGUGCUUGCGCACGAGUCUGUGGCGCGGGCUAUGGCCGAGGUGAUGGGGCAGUGGAUGGGGCAGUUUUACGCCUCCGAGGCCGAUGUGGGGCGGAUUGUGGGCGACUCGCAGAUGCGGCGGAUCGUGAACAUGCUCGAAGAGAGCGGCGGCGAGGUCAUCCAUGGUGGACACUAUGACCUCAAGUCGCGGUACUUUGAGCCGACCGUGGUCAUGGUUCCGAUGGACUCCCCAGCGCUUGACGACGAGACGUUUGGCCCGAUUCUGUGGGUUGUGAGCGUGCCCUCGAUGGACGCGGCCAUCCACCACGUCAACUCGCGGCCAAAGCCGCUCUCGCUCUACGUCUUUGCCAACGACCAGGACGUGGCGCAGCGGAUUGUGACCAACACCUCGGCUGGUGGCUGCACCAUCAACGCCACGCUCUUCCACUGCACCCAUCCCGAGCUGCCAUUUGGGGGCGUCGGCGAGUCGGGCUCGGGCGCGUACCACGGCAAGGCCACCUUUGACACCUUUACCCACGAGAAGCCGGUCCUUCGCAAGAUGUUUGGCUUCUUUGAUCCGUUCUUCCUCUAUCCGCCGUGGACCGACUUUAAGGUCACUGUCCUGCGCUUCCUCGCCAAGCUGGUGUGAGCACUCGGGAUGAGACGAUAAAGGACGUGGUGUUUUUCGA